GUCCUGGACUUGUCUAGGAGUUGAAUUCUUAGGCCCUGUUUACAUGGAGAUGGGGGACCCCAGAUAGGUGAGGUAACAUGCGGUGGGUCACCCCACCUAUCACGUAAACAUGUUCAAAUUAAAAUGAGAGAUUAUAAUUAUGGACAGGCAGGUUACCCCACCUAAGCGAAAAAGAGAAAAAUUGAUCAUCGUGUUCAUGUUUUCCAUAAAACGCGAAAUUAUUUCGCUGUUCACAUGGAACUUUGAACGGCUAUGCGUCUGAAUUUUCGUACGGUUAAGGUGAUGUUAUACGAGACGAUACGCCGCAACACAGCGUUGCAAUGUUGGAACAAUGUUGCAACCAUUCGAAACAAUAUCGCAACAAUGUUGCAACGCCGUGUUACAGCUUGUGCUGAAAAACGUUGUUGCAAAUCGUCUCAUGUAACAUCACAUUUAAGGCAGUUUCGAGUGAACGGUGGAAAAUUCGCCCGGUUGCCUUUUUGACUUUCUCUUUGCUUUCGCUGUCUCGACAUCGUAAACUUCCUCUUGAGUGCCAAGUGAAAGACAGGUUGCUACUUUUUACCAAUCGUGAAUCAGGCACAGGGCGUAGCGAAGCAGUGGGUGCAGGGAGAAGGAAGGAACAGAGGGGAAAAAAUAGAGAAGUGUGUUGAGAUGUCGCAAUGAGAAUAUUGUACAUCUCUGGCUUUAUCAGUGUCACAACUUAAAAUAUAAAAUAGGGAAGUCUUGAUCGUUUAUAAUGUUGACAAAUUUUUCCCCGAACUCGCACAAGUCAGUAUGCUCGCCGGCUACAGUUGUUGUUGAAUAGUUUUGAUAUUAUUCAAUUUUCAGACUGUUUCAUUCAGCGCUGGGGCCCCGGUCACUUCCAUCAUAGAAAUGGCCAUAUCUUACAAUUAAGAAUACCUAGCAAUGUUUACAGACACUGGUUUGUUAUGGAUAGGAUCAGCAGAUUUACAGGUGGGUAUAACACUGUUACACUGUUCAGCCCGCAAAUCCAGCUAUCAGAGGACGAGUUCCAGUAGCUAACACCGAAUUGACUCGGAUUCUUAGAAAAUGAGAACGAAUGGCGGUCUAAUUCAACUGGCAGAACUAACUUUGAUUCUUUACCCAGGUUUGAAGAAGGCGUGUAAAAAGGCUUUUGUUUAUACUAGUCGGAUUUGAGGUAUCUUUUCUUGUAACAAAUAAAGACCCGUAUCUGCCUAAGUUCUCCAUGGUGGGAUAUCAUCAUUAAUUUAGUUUAGCCUCUUCUUCCUCGGAAACCUUGCAAACACAAUUAAUAUUUUUCAUGUGAUCGCAAAGUUGAUUUUUAUUGUGUUCAUUUAACUUGCUGACAUCUCCGCAAAGCGAGUAAGCUUAGCAACCCGGACCGCUAGGUCAGGCCCUGAAGAGCUCAACUUAAGUACGCCUGUAUUUUGCAGUUCUUUGAAUUUUGUAGUUAUUGUUGUAUUUCUGUCUUCUUUAGAAAGUCUACUGUGAGUUCAACACGUCUUGUCCAUCAAGACCCAAGCAACUAACCUGGUAAGGAGGGAGCAAUUGUUGUUUCUAGAAUGAAGGCUCUCGUCUUUUAUGGCGAAUUCUCGCCCGGUUGGCCGGGCCAUUCUUUUGAAUACAAACUAAGAGCCCUCGGAAUUUUUUUUUCUUCCGCCACCCAUCUAGCGAUGUGUCGCCACAACGUGGUGCUUAAACUGAUCUCCUGACCUGUACUCAGAGAGUAAUCUGUCGCCGACACGUGUUGCUGCAACUCGUCUCCUUGUGUGUUCCGAUCUUUACUUAUUUCAACUUACCUUACAGGUGUGCAAUGGGUGCUGUCAUAUGUUACUGGGACGAUUAUUUGGAUGUUGUUGGACCUACAAUGGACACUAUUAGAUAUCCUUUGAUUAACAAGAUCAUUCUUUAUCAUGAUCCGACUAGCUUUCCAACUAUUUACGGGGCAAGCUGUCUAACUGUUAGAGCAUGCUAGAAUUAAAAAUUGUUCUUGUUGUUGUUGUAAAUGUUGGCUUGGCCAAGUUGUUAAUUGUGCUGUCAUGCUGCAAUUAUAUAUUGAUCGUGUUACUAAAAACACCCUUGAUUUGAACUGACAAUUGUUACUAGUGUAGUUUAAUUUUUUCUGUUACUGCCGUAGAAUAUUGGAAAUUUUAAGAUAUGAGUAGUUUUUUUCUUUCAUUGAACACGCUAUUGCCAUAUAUUUAACAAUUACUCCACGAGUGCGCGUUGAAUAUGAGUGGAAUAAUUGUUUAUUAAAAACGCCCACAAAAUAUGGUGAAUUCUUCCCGACUUUAUUUGUAAGAACAACCGAUUUUCAAUUUUUGGUAUAUGGUUCAUAUACCAUGAUGGUUAAGCCAAUCUGAGGUCUUUAAUUGUAUUGUCCAAUGGUUCAGUUUUAAUAAAUAUGCAUAUGCUACGGAUAGCACACUUUCUUAACAUAUUUCACAUAUCAGAUGGACAGUGCUGUUCAUUUAGUUCAAGAGUUAGAUGGCGUAAGAAUCAUUGGUAACGAGACUCAUGAACUGCUUCAGCGAGUUCCAGGUUGGUAAAUAUGAUUACGUUGAUUGCGGGCGGUUUCUCCUCCUGGCAAAACCUCCCUAGCAACGAGGAGCAAGGUGAAACCGCUGUAUUAGCAGACUACAAGUGAAAGGUUUCAAAAUGCUCGCAGAUAUUCUGUCUUGUUCUCGAUUCAUAAAGCUAUCGAAAUAUAGCCUAAAAUAACAAUCCCUGUUGGUGGCCGGGAUGUCCUUGAGAUUUAUUUCUUCUCUACAGAUAUUUGAUGCUUUUCCAAAUUAAAACGUGUCGUUAUCUGUAGGUGCUUAAAGCGAAAUAAAAUCUCGAGACUGUUGACUUAAACCUUCAGCUCAGUGUGGUCUUGCUGUGGCUCGUGUAUGAUUUUUCAACUUACUCCCCGGAAGCAGAUUGGACUGACUCUACAUUCAGUAUUCCCCCCCCUCCAAAGAAAAUAGGUACCCUGUUGUCACGAACAAGCAAAAAGCCCUAAACUUUAUUCCAGUGACUUGUUCAAUCGGUUCACGGUCGAGUCGCCCGAAAUCAUGGUCAUGUCGCCCGAUAUCUUGAGUCAUGUCGCUUGAAGUAAACAUCUAUAUUUGCGUCUUUGUUUAACUUCACAUUUGCGUAGGUUACCGGACACAGUUGAGUCUACAUUGUUCGACUAAACUCCUUGCGAUAUACUUCAGAUAUUACUUUUCUUCAAGUCUAUACACUCGAUAAAAUUUUGGGCGACAUGACUUAGGAUUUCGGGCGACAUGACUCUGGUUUCGGGCGAUAUGACUUUCGGGCGACUUGACCGGUUACCGUUAAACCAGAACCACUUCUAAUCACGAAUGUGAAUAAUUAUGUCCGAUACUAGAGCAACUAUUUCUUUUCAUCUUUCAGCUGCUGUGGAACAAGUGUUUAAAAUCGGCUCAAUGGAACCAGGUGCGAUGCUGUUUGAUGCAUCAAAGGAAUUUGAGGUAAGCAAUGCUUCACUCUCUCUGGGAAAAAGUUGUCCCAGAUAAAAGGCUCAGCCGCCUACCCAAGCCAGUGGCGGAUCCAGGGGAGGGGUCAGGAUCCUGGGGUGGGACCGCACCCCCUUAUCUCAGGGGUCUGAAUAACAGGGCUCCCCCUUAUCUGCAGGUCUGGACCCUCCACUGCGAGCCACCCUGGGCAGCCUGUUGUUGGGUGACCUGUUUUCCUUGGUAAGGUCACCAUCCUAGCUGAGCCAACUUUUCUCCAUCUAAUAAAAAAUAAUCAACUUUAUUUAUAUAGCGCUAUUUCAGUCCAAAACCUCAAUAGCGCUUUACAGAAUUCGUAAGAAAGAACAAUAAUGAACAGUAAUGAAGAAAAACAUAGCAUGAUAAUAAAAAGAAUACCUGACGAACAACCUUAAAGUUUCAACUUAAAGAUUCUAAACUGCACCAAAAACUAAAUCCCUAAAAAUUAAACUGUCGUUAUGAUUCUUUCGUGUAUAUUCCUGUAAACAGAAAAAGAGCGCCCGAGCAGAGGACUACAUUCGGAUGAUCAAAGAACGUCUUCCUGAGGCUGUCCAGCAAUGUAUCCACGCCGCUGCCGGGGAACAUGAGCCUGCAAUACAAAGAGGACUGCUGAGG